CCUCUCUCUGUCGCUUCUGUCAUUCCCAUUAACACUUUUGUCGGUUUUUCGAUAAUUCAAUCCCUUCACUCUCUUCACCAAUACCCUUCUUCAUUUCUUAUCACUACCCCUUCACUCAGGGGCAUAGUAAUUAGUAAGGCCUCCCCUGCAUUGUCCUCUGUUCCUCCAUUAUUGUACCAUUUGCUCAUUUUCUGAAACCAUAAACCCAAAACUUUCUUUUCACACUCCAUUCUGAAUUAGCUAACUAAGCAAGUUGAAGGAAAUGAAAGACAUUAGAAACAGAAAAAGAAGAAGCAGCAGCAGCAAAAUCCUGAUGGAUUUUCACUCCAUUAGCUCCUCACCUUUAAUUCUCAGCCUCAUUGUAUUAGUUGUGACCUCAAAAGGUGUUUCGGGUGCUUCUUUCACAUUUGUGAACAGAUGCGGCUACACUGUCUGGCCUGGGAUAUUAGCAAAUGCAGGCAGCCCCAGACUCGACAGCACCGGAUUCGAGCUACCUAAAGACUCGUCUCGUUCGUUUCAAGCCCCAACUGGCUGGUCGGGUCGCUUCUGGGGCCGAACGGGCUGCACAUUCGACGGAUCCGGUUCUGGAACCUGCGUAACAGGCGACUGUGGGUCGGGUCAGGUGGAAUGCAACGGACUUGGAGCUGCUCCACCAGUAACUCUGGCUGAGUUCACUCUUGGAACUGGAGGGCAAGAUUUUUAUGACGUCAGCCUUGUUGAUGGCUACAAUGUUCCCGUGAUCGUUGAAGGUAGUGGCGGGUCGGGUCUUUGUGCUUCCACCGGAUGUACAACUGACUUGAACCAGCAAUGCCCGUCGGAGCUACGGGUUGGGAAAGGUGAUGCUUGCAAAAGCGCGUGUGAGGCAUUUGGGAGUCCCGAAUAUUGUUGUAGUGGCGCGUAUAGCACACCCACCACGUGUAAACCAUCGGUUUAUUCUAAGAUGUUCAAGGCCGCGUGUCCGAGAUCCUACAGCUAUGCAUACGAUGAUGCUACAAGCACAUUCACGUGUACUGGAGCAGAUUAUACGGUGACGUUUUGUCCCUCUUCUCCCAGUCAAAAAUCUUCGAGAGAUACUACACCGGUUACGGAAUCAACCCCAAUGACAGGCUCAACAUCACAAGGAUCAGGGUCAGAAUCUGGGUUAACUUAUUCGGGUAAUGGUUAUGGGUAUUCUGGUUCAGGGUAUUCAAGUUAUGGUUAUGGAUUCUCUGGAACUGGGUACUCUGGUUCAGGUUCAAGCUCUGAAUCAGGAUCUGGACAAACCAUGUUGACAGAUGGGUCAUGGUUAGCUGGUUUAGCCAUGGGAGAUUCACCAAGAACAGUUUCUCCGUCUAUUCUACAAUCUGUACUCAUGGCAUCAACCGCUUUCUCUCUCUUGUUUUCAUUUCUUUACUUGUAGCUUUUCUCCAUCAUUUUAUCAUGGCUUUUGUUAUUUUUGUUAGUGUGAAUUCUUUACAGAUUCGCAGCUUUGAUGGGCAAAUGGGGUUUGGCUUUUGUUUGAAAAGCUGACAGAUUCUUGGGCCAGUUUGUAAACCACCAGCUUCAAGAUUCCCCCUUAGAAUUUCAAUGUAAUAUACAUUAAAAGGUGUUGUUUCUCUAAAAUUUUAGGAUUUAGUAGAUGAAUUGCUUGAUUUCGGUCUACCAAUUUUGGUUUUGUCUUCUGUUAUCUUUGGCUUUUCAGUUUUGGUUCUUUGCUUCUCUUGGCUAAUUGAAUUGCAAAGAAUAGGAGAGAUCUUCAUUAAAAGCAUGUUUGUAACAAGAAUAUGGAGGAUUUUGGCUGUCUUGUGUGAAGGAUGCCGAACUCACAAGUUUUCAGCUCAGCUUUUGCCUUUGUCUGCCAUGGAUUAGGAGCCUAUUACGUCAUGUUAUCACUUUGUUCGGUGGAAGUGAGAAUCAAUUUAGUAAAUCAUAUUGAAACGUGGGUUGGGUACCCAAAGCGAAAAUAAUCAAAUGGGGCCUUAAUAAAGUGUGGAUAAAGUCAAGUAGUGGGACUAUUUGCCCUUGAAAAUUUUGCCAAAUUAAGUACCUUUUGUUGAAUUGGGUUGAGCUAACUUCUAAAAGGUUGUUGCAAAAAUUGAUCCACAUCAGGUAACUUUUUGACCAUCUGAGCUCCUAAAAUGUUAUCUGAUGCGAUGAUUACAA